GCUUCAUCAUCAGAAAAAACCAAAUCCUCUAUUCCUGCAUCGCCCGCAUCUGUUCGCCCCCCUCUGCGGCGGCGGUGGCGGUGGCGGUGGCGACGAUGGGGCUCGAGAUGGAGCCGAUGGCGGCGGCGAUCGGCGUCUCGGUGCCCGUGCUCCGCUUCCUGCUCUGCUUCGCGGCCACCAUACCCACGGGCCUCCUCUGGCGCGCCGUGCCGAGCGCCACGGGGCGGCACCUCUACGCGGGGCUCAGCGGCGCCGGGCUCUCCUACCUGUCCUUCGGGGCCACCUCCAACCUCCUCUUCGUCGGGCCCAUGGCGCUCGGUUACCUCGCCAUGCUCCUCUGCCGUCGCCGAGCUGGCCUCGUCACCUUCCUCGGCGCAUUCGGCUUCCUCAUCGCAUGUCACGUCUACUACAUGAGUGGGGACGCGUGGAAGGAGGGAGGCAUCGAUGCAACCGGUGCUUUAAUGGUUUUAACGUUGAAAGUCAUUUCAUGCUCAAUGAACUACAGUGAUGGUCUCUUGAAGGAAGAAGAGGGUCUACGUGAUGCUCAGAAGAAGUAUCGCUUGACUACGAUGCCUUCUCUAGUCGAAUAUUUCGGUUACUGCCUCUGCUGUGGCAGCCACUUUGCUGGACCAGUAUAUGAGAUGAAAGAUUAUCUUGAAUGGACUGAAAGGAAAGGAAUAUGGGCCAGCUCAACUCCUUCACCAUUAUUACCUACUCUGCGCGCUCUAGUUCAGGCUGGAAUAUGCAUGGGGUUAUAUUUGUAUCUGUCACCUAUGUUUCCGCUUUCACGAUUUAGUGAACCUCUAUAUUAUGAGUGGGGUUUCUGGCACCGGCUCUUCUUUCAGUACAUGUCAGGAUUUACUGCUCGUUGGAAAUACUACUUUAUAUGGUCAGUUUCAGAAGCUGCAAUUAUUAUAUCUGGCCUGGGUUUCACCGGUUGGUCUGAUUCUUCUCCCCCAAAAGCCAAAUGGGACCGUGCUAUAAAUGUUGAUAUUCUGGGCGUCGAACUAGCUGGAAGUGCAGCUCAAUUGCCACUUAAGUGGAAUAUUCAAGUGAGCACAUGGCUAAGAUACUAUGUAUAUGAGAGGCUAAUUCAGAAAGGGAAGAAGCCUGGUUUCCUUCAGUUGUUGGGUACACAGACAGUCAGUGCUAUCUGGCAUGGACUGUACCCAGGAUAUAUGAUAUUCUUUGUUCAGUCGGCAUUGAUGAUAAAUGGUUCAAAAGUUAUAUACAGAUGGCAACAAGCUGUGAGCAAUUCAGGCCUCCGCACUAUCCUGUCUUUACUAAAUUGUGCAUACACCAUGAUGGUGCUUAACUACUCAUGCAUUGGCUUCCAGGUACUGAGCUUCCAGGAGACCUUGGCAUCCUACAAGAGCGUAUAUUAUGUUGGCACAAUUGUUCCUAUUCUAUGUGUCUUGCUAGGCUAUGUUAUCAAGCCCGCGAGACCUGUGAAGCCAAAGGCUCGCAAGGCAGAAUGAGGAACAGAGUGGAUUGAUGUUUACAUAGAUGAGUUACGAAGCUUCAAUGAUGAUUAUGACAAGAUAGUUUUCUGUUUACUUCAUGUUUGUGAAACAAUAUAAAAUUUAGCAAAAAGGAUGGCUCUAACUCACACCUUGGAGCUCCAUUGUAAUCGACGAAUCAUUAAAAAUCUGUCAUUUCGUUGGGUUGAUCACCCUUUUGUUGUACCACAUGCAACGCAUGGUUUUUGGCCCUAAAGCUGAUGUUUGUUAUUUAUUCAUGUGAAGUUUAAGCC